CCGAGUCCAGUGAGUGAUAUUGGUGGGUGAAUAUGGAGAUGGAGCAAGACCCAUUUGACACCGAACGUUUUAUUGAUGAAAUUGAAAAGAGAAGAGCAUUGUGGGAUCUUGAAAGUCCAGAUUACAAGAACAGGGGUUUAAAGAGAUCUGCGUGGGAGGAAGUUGUAGAUAUAUUUUCUAAAACUGAAAGCACAGUUGAAGAGAAAAAGCAGUUGGUCUUGCUUUUAUUUUUAGGAAUUGUACUUCAAAAAAGGUGGAAAAAUCUGAGAGAUAGCUUUGCAAGAGAGUUGAGAAAAAAAAGGCUACGAAGUCUGGCUCAGGAGCAGUUAAGGGUACGCCUUAUGUAUAUUUUCAACGGCUGAUUUUUCUUGAAAACACUGUACGUAACAAAGAAACAACAAGUAACUUAGAUUUAAGUAGUAGUUCCCAGUUGCCCGAGGAAGAGGAAGCAGAUACCGAGGACUUGGUUAC